AUGAGAAAAAGUUUUUGGGAUUACUGCAAUGAGUUAAAAGAUAAAUUUCCAAUAGACUACGUCGGAAUUUACCUUGGAUGGAUCCCCGCAAUAGUGAUACAAACACCAGAGCUCGCCAGGAAUGUACUUACUAGAGAUUUCGAAAACUUUGAGGACAGGUAUAUUUACUGUGGACCAUCAGAUCCUCUCGGCGCGCUUAACUUAUUUACUGUGAACAACCCAAUUUGGAAGCAAAUGAGAAGCGAAUUGACUCCUAUGUUUACUGCGCUUCGAUUGAAAAAUAUUACUGAACUUAUGAACAUCAAUGCAGUAGAACUAGUAAAAAAGAUCAAGAGAGAUCACGUCGAUAGCAACAAAGCUGUCCACUUAAAGAACCUUUUCUCUAUGUACACAUCAGAUACAGUUGCGUAUACUGUAUUUGGAAUCCGUGUCAGUGCUUUGAGCGACAAGCCAUCCCCUCUCUGGAGCAUUACCAGCCAUAUGGUUCACUGGACGUUUCGACGUGGAUUAGAAUUUACUUUAGUAUUUCUUUUACCUACCCUGGCAAGUUGGUUAAGAUUUACUUUCUUCUCAGCAUCUGCUAAUGAUUACAUAAAAAAACUGUUUUACAACGUUGUUGAGGCUCGCAAAAAUACUGAUCAAUCUAAAGAAAAAGACCUCGUCAAUCACCUAGUUAAACUUAAAGAUAAUGUAAAACUACCAGCUGAUGCUCCUCCAGAAUUGGCUGACGACCUUAUGUUGGCGCAAGUGGCUGUAUUUAUCUUUGGCGCUAUAGAAACAUCCUCUACAACCCUUAGCUACUGUCUUCAUGAACUGGCUUAUCAUCCGGAAGAACAAGAGAAGCUUUAUAAUGAAAUUAAUGAAGCAGUUAAGCGCGCCGGACAUGACGUUCUAGACUACAAUGAGCUACUGGAAUUAAAAUAUCUAACAGCAUGUAUUCAUGAAACACUGAGAAAAUAUCCACCAGUCCCGUAUCUAGAAAGAUAUUGUGCUAAAGACUAUAAACUAAACGACGAAGUUACAAUUGAAAGUGGGGUGCCAGUAUUCAUUAACUUGCUCGCACUACAGCAUAACGAAAAAUACUACCCAGAACCAACGAAAUGGGACCCUGCGCGUUUUGAGGACGUCGCUGAGGGCAAUAAUGUUGACUACACUUUCUUGCCUUUUGGUGAAGGACCCAGAUACUGUAUAGGAAGAAGAUAUGGUGUAAUGCAAUUAAGAGCAUCAUUAGCCCAAGUUCUUCAUAAAUUCAAAUUAGAACCUGCAGAACCAUACAACGUUGCAAGUGAACCUUACGCUAUCAUAUUGGCACCGGCGGGUGGACUAAGUGUAAAAUUUUUAGAAAGA